GACGAUACGAUCUAUCCUCACAACUCCGGGAUCGCACAUAAUACCGGGAAGAAUAUCGAGUGUUACAUGGUGGAAAAGCUGGGUAUAGAAGAGAGCAAGGUCGAAAAGCUCUGCGGCAUUCUGUACAAGAACUACGGAACAACUUUGGCCGGCCUCAGGGCGAUCGGAUACAAGCUUGAUUACGACGACUACCACAGCUUCGUCCAUGGAAGCCUUCCUUACCACAACAUCAAGCCUGACCCAGCUCUGAAACACAUGCUCAAGAGCAUUCGCAUCCGGAAGCUAAUUUUUACCAACAGCGACAGGGCACAUACGGUGAGAGCCCUCAAGCGGCUGGGCCUGCAGGACUGCUUCGAGGACAUCAUAUGUUUCGAGAGUCUGAACAAGCCUUGCCCGCUGCAGCCGUGGGACAUGGCCGGAACCGAGAUCUUCGACAUCGCAGGGCAUCUCGCCUGGUCAGGGGGCAGGAUUGGCAAGCUGCCCAAGACGCCCGUCCUGUGCAAGCCCAGCGUCGACGCCAUGCAGGCGGCGCUAAGAAUCUUCGACGUGAACCCCUCCACGGCGGUUUUCUUCGACGACAGCGUGCGGAACAUCCAGGCCGGAAAACAGAUCGGGCUGCGCACGGUGCUGGUCGGCACCUCUCAGCGUGUGAUCGGUGCAGAUCACUCGAUUGAGAGCAUCCACAGCAUCAGGGAGGCGCUGCCGGAGCUGUGA